GACGGAAAGUGGGGUUAGAUUGAAGUAAAGAGACGAGAGAAAGAGAGACAGAGAGAGAGAAAGAUAGAAAGACAGACAGAACUAAGACAGGGAGACACAAGAUAGAAAGAGAGACGAGCGUCCACAAGUGGGGAUAGAAUCUUGGUGUGCAGCAGAAGUAAACGUACCUAUAGUAUCGCAUCCCCAACCAGACUGUGUACAAUCGGCAAGCGAGACGGAGACAAGACGUUGUACAGUGUAUGUAAGAGAGAAAAAACGAGCCGACGAAGAAGAAGGUAGAUAGAGAGGAAAGCCAAAAGGGAGCAGCUUGUGGAACGGCAUGUCCUCGCGUGCUCGUGUCGUAGAGCGUUUCUGAACGCAGCCAUUACGACACAACCGCUCUCGGUGACGCUUAGCUACGGUAGAGCCGUGCUCACGCGCGUAGUGGUCACGGAACGAUCGGAACGGGAUACACGUGUUCUCGGAGAUUCGAGCAAAAUCUCGCUUUGUUUGUUUUGUGCGUGUACAGGGAAGCCUACGGGACGCCUUUUGACGCACGGCGUCACGUCACGCGGAUCGACAACCCGUCUGGCUCGAUUUCUCUUUUGUGGUACCAAUCCGAACGGAGAAAAAAAAUAACUAACCAUGUUUGACGUAUUCGGCUCUGUAAAAGGAUUGCUCAAGCUCGACAGCGUUUGCAUCGAUAACAAUGUCUUCCGACUGCAUUAUAAAGCUACGGUGAUCAUAUUAAUUGCUUUCUCGUUACUCGUCACCUCCAGGCAAUAUAUAGGAGAUCCCAUAGACUGUAUCGUGGACGAAAUACCGCUUCACGUUAUGGAUACUUACUGUUGGAUCUAUUCGACGUUCACGAUCCCCGAUCGAACCGGCGUUGUCGGCAAGGACAUAGUACAGCCAGGUGUUGCAUCCCACGUUGACGGCGAGGACGAAAUCAAAUACCACAAGUAUUAUCAGUGGGUGUGUUUCACGCUAUUCUUCCAGGCGAUACUGUUUUACGUACCGCGUUACCUAUGGAAGACAUGGGAAGGCGGCCGAAUCAAGAUGCUGGUUCUCGACUUGAACUGCCCUGUGAUGAGCGAUGAAUGUAAAUUGGAAAGAAGAAAGUUGUUGGUCGACUAUUUCGCGUUGAACUGGCAUACGCAGAAUUUUUAUGCAUUCCGUUUUUUCCUCUGCGAAGUGCUGAACUUCGUCAAUGUGGUCGGUCAAAUCUACUUCAUGGAUUUCUUCCUGGACGGCGAGUUCACCACCUACGGUUCGGACGUGGUGAAAUUUACAGAAAUGGAGCCCGAGGAGAGGAUCGAUCCAAUGUCACGGGUAUUCCCAAAGGUAACCAAGUGUACCUUCCACAAAUAUGGUGCAUCUGGCACGGUGCAGAAAUUCGACGGUCUCUGCGUGCUACCAUUGAACAUCGUCAACGAGAAGAUAUACGUGUUCCUGUGGUUCUGGUUCAUCAUCCUCUCGGUGUUGAGCGGUUUGACCCUGGCUUACCGUGCCGCGGUGGUAGCCGGGCCGAGGCUUCGCUUGGUGCUGUUGCGUGCCCGCUCGCGCCUCUCCAAGCCAGAGCAUAUCGAGGCGAUCGCGGAGAUGUGCCAGAUCGGCGACUGGUUCGUUCUUUAUCAGCUCGGCAAGAACAUAGAUCCAGUGGUGUACCAGCAACUUGUUAUUGAUCUUGCGACGAAACUACAGGGCAAAGAAUCUGUCUAGUUUCUUUUCACGUCUAGAAUUCCUCUUUUUCUUUUCUUUUCCCCCGCUUCUUCGUUUUUACCGUUCGGAUUCACCAACAUCUGAUCAAUCGAGUCUGAUCAUCGUGUAUUUUCAUUGCACAGUUUAUUCGAAGAUCGAGGGCCACCUUCAAUUACUUUAAUAGUUUUUCGUAUCUAUAACAUACAUGUAGAACGUGCAUUCCAACAAUUUUGAUUAAAUUUUCUGUAAUUCAUUGGCGUACGUGUAAAGUGAGGUAACACAUAUACCUUUCGAUCGUUAUUUGAAAAGUCUCGAUCGGAGGUAAGUUUUGCGUAGUAUGACAUAUCAAAUGAGGCGAAUGGAGAAAUUAAUCAUUUUUUUUUUCUUGUUUUCUCUCUCUCUCCCCCUUCCUCCUUUUUCUUUUGUUUCUUUUUUUUUCUUUUUUUUAGUUAAACUAUACAUCCAUUUUUAUUUGCUAUAAUACAUGAGUAUAUGUAUACUUGCGAGUAUCUAUUGAUAGUUUCUAUUGAUAAUUGGGUACAUGUUCGACUCUAUUCAUUCCCUGCUCAUAUUAUUUCCUCGAAUUCUCUGACUUCGAUACCAUCUAUGGAUCAUUGUUUCCUUUAUAUACAUAUGUUUCUUUAGUACUACAUAUUUUUUGUAAUUAAAUCCAGUUUAAAUGAUAUAUACAAGGAACUACCUACAUGUCAAAAAUUGCGCCAUGAUGAAUUCCGAAAUAUUGUUAUACGAUAUUAUAAGAAAUAAGACGAGCAUGUUACAUUUA